AACUUUGGUAUUCUGUUAUGUGUGUGAAUGGUGCGCUAGAAAAUAAACGAAAACUUAUCGUCACCGACCUAAAUGACAACGCUCCAAUAUUUGAGCAAAAGGUGUACACGAAAACGAUAUCUGAGAUUCAGGCAGUGAAUACUGAGGUGAUCAGAGUGAAAGCAGUGGAUGCCGAUAUCAGCAUAAACAACAACAGAAUUACAUACCGCAUAUUGGACCCAGCACCCGCUGAAUUUGAGGUCCGCAACGAUGGGGCUGUACUGCUGAAGAAACCUCUGAACUACAACAUCGCCAAAAACUACAAAUUCACAGUUGAGGCGCGGGAUAAUGGUGAUCUCUUCGACACAGCAGACGUUCAUCUUGAGAUUACGGACUUUGAUAAUCUGAAUCCCCAUUUCAAUCACAGCCUUUACCAGGCUACCAUACAGGAAGACCAAACAGGGCCUUUCCUCACCAUCCAGCCAGAGGGCAUAAAAGCACAAGAUGGAGACACUGGCAUUAAUGUGGCUAUAGUCUACKGCAUCAGUUCAGUAUCGCCAAGCAAGUAUCGCAGUAACUUCAACAUCGACACAAACAGUGGAGUCAUCUCUGUGGUGACUGGGCUGGACAGAGAGGAGAUACCUACAGUCACUGUCAAUAUCAAGGCAUCUCAGCAGGAUGACAGCCUAAAGACCGCUGACGCGUUGGUGUCUGUUACAAUCGAGGACGUCAAUGACAACGCUCCAGAGUUUGACAAAGCUAGCUACUCUGUCGCAAUAUUGGAGAACUCUCAAAAAGACACAGUUGUUUUCAGAGUCACAAUCACUGACCUGGACAAGGGUGGAUUUGUGGGAACGUUGCGGAUCCUUCCGGAGACUGUCCCUUUCUCUAUACUCUUGGAUGGAACUGUCAUAGUGAAGAGUUCAGCUGACCUGGACAGGGAGACUGUUGGAAACUUCAUCUUUCAGAUUGAAGCACGGGAAAACGACCCGCCUAACCACGUUGUGUUGGCUGAUGUGAACGUCACCCUCCUAGAUGAGAAUGACAACAGUCCUCAAUUUAAGAGCUCCAGGUACGAGGGCAAGGUCUUCAAGAACCAAACGGUGGGGAUGUUGAUUACCCAGGUUGAAGCAGCGGACCUGGAUGCUGGUGCUAAUGGACAGGUCAAGUACUCAAUAGAGUUUGGGAACCUGGAAGGAUAUUUCUCCAUCGAUGAAAACACAGGCGAGAUAAAGCUGGAAAAGAACAUUCCUCUGGAGGAGAACACGGUCCUUCGGUUCCCUCUCUAUGUGGCAGCAAGAGACGGUGGCGUAAUAUCUCGUUCCUCCUCGGUGCUAGUGGAGAUCCAGGCACCUGGAGAUUCCAAACCCCAGUUCCUCUUGAACACUUACCGUGGGAGGAUAGAGGAAGAGACAGAUCCAGGGACGGUGAUUGUCAAGGUGACAUUCCUAGCAGUAACAACAGUAGGUCCCGUGACGCUUCAGGUCCUGACAGACGCCGACAAGUUCGCCGUUGACUCCAAAGGCGUUUUCACCUCUAAGGUCAAACUGGACUAUGAGACCCAAAAUAACUACUCAGUCCAGAUCUCAAUCUCGGACGGCACCAGUAGCGAUGAGGCAACCGUUGUGGUGGAAGUGAUUGACAUCAACGACAACAGCCCCGUGUUUGGCGCCAGCUCUGUGACACAACUGGUCCCGGAGGAUACGGAGGUAGGGGCCAACCUCACUGCCAUGACCGCCACGGACGCGGACAACGGCUUCAACAGGGAGCUCCGCUAUGCCCUCCGGGGAGGCGAGGGAAAGUUCGCUAUCGAUCCUAAAAUAGGGAUGGUGUCCCUGGCUGGGGCGCUGGACAGAGAGACCAAAGCAGAGUUCAGCCUGGAGGUGGUGGCUCAGGACCAAGGUCGUCCAGCUCUCUCCGCAACCGCCACCCUGCUCAUUCAAGUAUCUGACAUCAACGACAAUGUUCCAAGUUUCUCCAAGACGGAAUAUGAGGUUGAGGUCUUAGAAACAGAGUCUGUGGGAAGGACACUGGUCACCCUAGAAGCGGUGGACCUUGACGAAGGCACAAACGGUGUAGUGACCUAUAGUAUAUUUCAGCAAGACCUUCCCUCGACCGUGGCGUUCUUCCAGUUGGACUCUUCCACUGGGGAACUGCGGCUGGCUCAGGCCUUGGACUAUGGAGCAGUGAAGGUGUACAACCUAAUGGUACAGGCRGCAGAUGGGGGYACCCCGUCCCUCGUUGGGAAUGMAUCAGUGGUGGUGAGGGUGAKAGAUGUYAACAACAACRCGCCUCAGUUCAGCGCAGAGCGCUACGAUGUCGCCGUCUCUGAGAACCUGGCCAGCGGAGCGGCUYUCGUGACCCUGGAGGUCACCGUCGAGGAUGAGGUCAGAGAAAUGAGACUGUCAUUAUCAUCAUGA